AUGCAAAGCACUCCACUUAAAAAGAAGAAAUCGAUAAUAUAACAGAUUAAAACCUUCUUUAAUGAUAUUCCCGAUUAAUAAAUUGCAGUUAUAAAUGAAGCGUCCUAUAAAAGACCACCGUAAAUCAAAAAAAGCUAGUCUAUGGUUGAGGAAGGUUCGAAAAGCAAAAAACAAGAUCCAAAGCACAAGUACUCUGAAGAACUUUUUGAAGAAAUACAUGAAGUUAAUCAUGUAGAGUUGGGAGAAUGA